AAUAGGCGAGAGAGAGAUUGCGAGAGAGAUUGAGAGAGAAAGAGAGAACGCGUACGACUCUUUAAAUACUCAUACUAGUUGUGCUUGUUCCAGUAACUGAGUUGAGAGUACACAACCCAAAAAAGAGAUUAAGAUAAUAUUAUUAAACGCGAAAAACACAAGCUUGUAAGAAAUUAAAAACAUGGACAACAAGGCGAAUCACCACCCUCAUGAGCAUGAGCAUCAGCAUCAACACCCUCACCCUCCGGCCAAUCAUCAGCCUCCUCCGGUGAUUAUUCCGCCCCUUGGUGCUGCCAGAGGACCCUCUUUUCCUCCCAAUGAACAACUCAUCCAGCUCAACUACUGCAUCCACUCUAACCCCUCCUGGCCUCAAACUGUUUUACUAGGAUUCCAGCACUACAUUGUAAUGCUCGGAAGUGCUGUCAUGAUUGCCACCAUUCUUGUCCCUCGAAUGGGUGGAAGUCCAGGUGAUAAGGCCAGAGUGAUCCAGUCAUUGCUGUUUAUGUCUGGUAUCAAUACACUUCUCCAGACCUUGAUUGGGACAAGACUUCCUACAGUGAUGGGGCCGUCAUUUGCUUAUGUGAUUUCAGCAUUGGGCAUCAUCAACGAUUUUUCUGAUAGUAACUUCUCAAGCGAGCACCAGAGAUUUAUUCAUUGCAUGAGAUCAAUUCAAGGAGCUCUCAUUGUGUCAUCCUUCAUCAACAUUAUACUUGGAUAUGGUCAGGUCUGGGCCAAACUUACAAGGCUCUUCAGUCCUGUUGUAAUUGUGCCAGUCGUUUGUGUGGUUGGUCUUGGCUUAUUUGGAAGAGGAUUCCCACAGCUUGCAAAUUGUGUUGAGAUUGGCCUCCCCAUGCUAAUUUUAUUGGUGGUGUGCCAACAAUAUUUGAAGGGUAUUCACCCGAAGGCACAUUCUGUACUAGAGAGGUUUGCUCUGCUUUUAUGCAUUGCCUUCGUCUGGGUUUUUGCUGUUAUCCUAACUGUGUCUGGAGCUUACAAUACUGUGGGGCAGCAAACAAAGCUGAGUUGCCGUACUGAUCGCUCGGGCCUUUUGUCAUCUGCUCCUUGGAUCCGGAUUCCACAUCCAUUCCAGUGGGGUGUACCCAUAUUUAGAGCCGGUCAUGUCUUUGGAAUGAUGGGAGCUGCCCUUGUUGCUUCAGCAGAGUCAACUGGGACAAUUUAUGCAGCAGCGCGGCUUGCUGGUGCCACAGCUCCUCCUACAUAUGUGCUUACUCGAAGCAUUGGUCUUCAGGGCAUUGGACAGCUGCUCGAAGGGUUAUUUGGUUCUGUUGUUGGCACUACUGCAUCUGUUGAGAAUGUUGGGCUUCUUGGAUUAACUCAUGUUGGAAGCAGAAGAGUAGUGCAGAUAUCCACCGUUUUCAUGAUCUUCUUCUCUAUAUUUGGAAAGUUUGGGGCUUUCUUUGCAUCGAUACCAUUACCGAUAUUUGCGGCUAUAUACUGUGUCUUAUAUGGUAUCGUUGCUGCUAUUGGGGUUUCAUUCAUACAAUUCGCAAACAAUAAUUCAAUGCGAAACAUCUAUAUACUGGGUCUCUCUCUGUUCCUUGGAAUAUCUAUUCCACAGUAUUUUAUGUCGAACACCGAUCCAGCUGGCCAUGGACCUAUUAAAACUGAUGGUGGAUGGUUCAACAAUAUAUUCAAUGCAAUCUUCUCUUCACCUCCUACGGUGGCUAUGAUAGUUGCUACCCUUCUCGACAAUACACUUGAGGCGUGGAAUACACACGAAGACAGAGGUAUUCCGUGGUGGGUUCCAUUCCAGCACAAGAGGGGAGAUAGCAGAAACGAGGAGUUCUACAGCUACCCAAUGGCUAUCAGGUUCAAAGAUUACAUUCCUUCCAGAUUCCGGUGAAGUAUAGUACUCAGCACAAACUGUACAUCAGAAGAUACAAAAUCAGAACUGUUCUCUUUUUCCUUCUUAAUUUUCAAGCGAGGAGCAGUCUUCGCUUAUUUUACUUAGGGUUCAUCUGCUUAGCUAAUGGCUGGCGCAUAAUGUAACAUUCUUGGAUUCAAAUCUGGGGUUUUUUCGUGGAAUGCCAUCUUUUUCCUUAUAUAUUUUAUUGAUUUGUUACA